AAGAAAGAUAGAAGUGGGAGGGAGAAUUUUAUUCGAAGAAAAGUUUUAACUCGUGGUAAAAGGAAAGAGAAGAAAAAGGAGAAAGUAGAAGAAGAAGAAGAAGAAGAAGAAGAAGAAGGAGGAAAACUAAGGGAAAGAUUUUCCAUUGGUUUCAUCUAUGAACGAUUCGUAAUAAAGAAGAAAAUAAAAUAGUGUUGUUGUACAAAAUAAGGGAGGAACGGAAUUCGAAUAGCCGCCGUGUCUCAGUUGGGUCGCGAUUAGAGGGGCGCCUUGCGUGUAUCCGAUCCUCUCCUCCUCUUACAGUGAAGAGGGAGUUGUCAUUCAUACGCGAGUGGGGGGAAAAAACGAAAGAGAAAGAGGAAAGAUUUUUUUAACAGUUGGGGCUCGUGUGGCAUCGUGCAGAAAGAACACGCGGGAGAGGAGUAAUAUCUCCAAGUUCAUUUUCUUUUCGUGUUAUUUUCUAUUAAAAAGGAUAAAGAAAGGUACUCGUGCUUUGUGUAGUCUGUUUUGGAUUUAAUAGAAAAAAAUAAGUGGUGUUUGUGUCGCGAUUGACACCCACAAGAGAAGAAAAGAGAAAGAGAGAGAGAGAGAGAGAGAGUGGGGGGAAAUAGUGAGAAGAAAAGUGCGGCAAGUUUCCCCCCCCCCCUACCCAAAGAAUAGAACAAGAACAAAACAUAUAAGGUUUCUCUGCAAAUUCUGAAAUGGCUCCUCGACACCUGUGGCUAGAAACAACUCUCAUCUUUAUCCUCGUAGCAGGUGCGAGGUGCCUGCGGAACGUCAGCUUGGAAGUGGUUCCGGAGGCGGUGCAACGUGGUCAGGAGGUGAUUCUACGUUGCCAUUAUGAUCUCGAGAGGGCGCCCCUUUACUCUGUCAAGUGGUACCGCGGUAGGUACGAGUUCUACCGAUAUUCACCGAACGAUGAACAGACCAACAAGAUCUUUAAUAUCACUGGAAUACACGUUGAUGCUGGUAAGUCCAACAACAACGAGGUAACGCUGCACAACGUCGACUUCGCCCUCUCGGGUACGUUCAGCUGCGAAGUUACAGCAGACGCGCCGACCUUCUUCACAGCCUCCGCCUCGAAGAAUCUUACCGUAGUGUCUUUACCCGAAGGCAAACCCUUGAUCGUAUCUGAUCGUGAACGUUACGAUCCUGGAGAUAUUCUGCGAGCAAAUUGUAGUUUACCGGCAUCGAGGCCAAGCGCUCAUCUGUCAUUCACACUCAAUAACAUACCGGUGGCAGCGAUCUCGAAGAAUCAGGAGGAACACGAACAGCAGAAACGAGAUCAUCGUAGAGAGGGCACUGGAGUUUCCAGCGAGCAGCAGCAGCAACAACAGUGGAUCGCCCUCAGUCUACCACUUCAACUAUUUUACUAUACGAACGGCCAGUUGAAUCUACGUUGUACCGCACAAAUCCCUGGAAUAUAUUCGUCCGCGAAUGAGAUACAAUUGGGCACUGGGUUACGUGAACCUGUACCUGAAAGAGUAACCUCUGAGAACGGAUGCAAUUCGCACAGUGCUGUCUGCCUGACGAUCCUUCUCCUUCUGUGUAUGGUUCAACUGCUCCUAAGAUAGUCACGGCACGCCUGAGAUCAUGAAAAGGGGAGUAGUUCAGGAGCGUCGCAGGACGAACGGCACACUAGUCACGAAGCAAACAGGAAGGAAGAGAACUCGGAGGAGCCGAUUCUUCUUCGAAAGAAAUAAAGAAAAGGAGAAAGGAAAUAACGAGACAAAUAAUAUUGUCCGAUCGCUAUGAAUAUAUUUAUCUCUUUUUAAUGUAUUAACGCGUGAAGUACGGCAUUAUCGUUCACUUAUUUUUUCUCCAAUUUUUAUCUCUUGCCCUCCUCCCACAUUUCUCUCUCUCUCUCUCUCUCUCUCUCUCUCCCUCUCUUUUUUUCUGAAAAAUAUCAAUUGUUUUUGAAGAAUAUCAAUUUUUAUUAUUGCUUUUAUAUUACCAAAAAUUCCCGCCCCUCCCCCUUUCCACCUGUAUUUUAUUUCAUUAGAUUUCUUUUUUCUUUUCCCUCUCACUCAGAAUUCAAUAGAAUCAAAAUACGAUGCUUCGAAAAAAGAAGAAGAAGAAAAAAGAAAUGAAGGAAUGGAAGAAAAGAAUCAAAAAAAAAAAAAAAAGAGAAAAAAAAAGAUAAAAGGCACAAAAAAAAGAGAAAAAAAAAGAAACAAGGAACUAUAGGUUAUUUAUUUUUCGUUUUCAUGAAAGCAAUAUCCACGAAAGAAUGAAUUUAUAUGGUAGUAGUUGUAGCGAACAACACGAUGUGGCAAAUGGACGAGGAUAUUCGUUUCGUUUAUUUAUAUUGAAGUUUACUCAGGAGCAAAAAUAUUAUUUUUUAUCUCUCUCUCUCUCUCUCUUCCCUUCCCCCCCCCCUCUCUCUCCUCUUUAUUUUCUUUUUGGAACAAUUGCGAGCAAGGACAGCUGUACUUCUAGCGUUAAAAGUUUCAAAACGAAAACUCGAGGAACGGUCUAAGUAUCGCCAAGCCAAGGCGUUUAGGAUUGUAUAUUUGCCGUUUUGUAUGUUCCCUAUUUGUAAGCAUUACGAUUGUUAUACUAUACAUACGUAUAAAUGCGGCAUACGGCGACAACGGUGAAAUGAAAAGACAACGACGACAACGACGACGAAAAUGACGAAAACGACGACGAAAAUGACGAAAACGACGACGAUGAAAACGACGACGACGACGACGACGACGACGACGACGACGAUGACGAAAACGACGACAACGACACCGAGAUCGCGUAGAUGUGUGAAGAAAUAAUUUUCACGUUCGCGUGCUCUAGACGAGUCCUGGGUUAAAGGGGCAUUGCCCUUUACCCUUAUGUAUUCGUUAUUAUAAUAAUUAUAACGUUUCGUGUCAGUGAAUUGCGUCGACUUUCAACGCGAAGAAAUAUAUCGAACAAGAAAAUGUAAUACGAUCAAAUAAGAUCACCGAUCGAUCUUUAUACUCGUUAGAUUUCAUUGAAUGAUAAAAUAAAAAAAAAAAGGGAAAACGCGAAA